ACUGUCGUAUUAAUGGAAGAAAGAACCGAGUAUGUGAGGGUAAGUAAAUGAAUUAGUGAUUUGCUCUCUUCCUACGCUUCGUGAUUUUCUCAAAUCCUCGAGAGAAGCAUUGCCGUCGCAGCCAUAGCCAGCGCCGCUGUUACCUCCAGUGCCCCUCCACGAAAGCUUAAUUAACAUUGCAAGUUUUUUUUACAUAUCCAUAAGGUUGGUGCCAAAGUCCUAAUGAUAGUCCGAUUAGUACUGAAGUAUUGAAUAGGUACACUGGAAUGGAUGCUAUUUAUCAACAACGAGUGGAUUGAAGUGCUCUAGCAAUCCAUUCCCCUCUGGAGGAGUUGAAUACUUCAGUGCACGCAUAGACGUGUAGCUUGGUGUUUAAUCGAACUUGGUGCAGAACCGUUAGGGCAUCGAUCUACCGGACUGAACUAAAAUGGGCGGUGAACCCGCCCACCUGGUGAAUGAUUCAAUACAUCAAGAAACGAUGUCCGCUGUGCAUAGCGGUGACCGAGAGAUCGAAGCUGCUGUCCAGGAUGCAGUGCUCCGUGAACAAGAAAUCGCAACCCAGAAAAUCAUACAAGGUCAAAGAGGGGUAGAAAGUGCUGGUGAAGCUCCAAAGAAAGAUACAGACAUUUUAUGGGGACAUCGUGAUCCUAAUGCCCUGAAAGAACAUCUACUUAAGAUGACAACAGUACAUCGUGCAGAGAUGUCUUUGAAGCGAGGGAAAACUGCAGUUCCUGAAGAAGGGAACAUGGAAAUUGGAAAUGGUUACGGUGUACCUGGUGGAGGGGCAUACUAUGGUGCCUCGGGGCCAUAUAGUGCUGCACCUAGCAACCUAGGAAAUGGACCUAAUGGGACGGGUGAGAACCAUCUGGAGCCGCAUAAAGAGUCAGCAGAGAAGCCUGCAAAGAAAGAGCUUCCUGAAUAUCUAAAGGAGAAAUUAAGGGCAAGGGGUAUUAUAAAAGAUGAUACAGGAAAUGUUGUUCCCUCAAGAACUGAUAAUAAGUCGGAGGCUGCUACGAUUCAAAAGGCAGAAGUCAGAAAGUUGCCUCCUGGAUGGGAGGAGGCAAAAGACCCUACUAGUGGUGCUUCAUAUUAUUAUAAUGAAAGUACUGGGAAGAGUCAAUGGGAAAAGCCUCUGGAAAUGCCAUGUAGUAUACCAACUCAAUCAUCUGUUUCUCUUCUCGAAGAUUGGGUGGAGGCACAGGAUGAAACAACUGGUCAUCGCUAUUAUUACAACACGAAGACCCAUGUAUCACAAUGGGAGCAUCCUAAUUCAUCUCAACAGGCUGGUUCGGCACAUUCAGACAGCCAAGUGUCUGGAAGCUCUACGAAUGGGAGUUUUGUACAUCCAUUAACAGAGUUGCAGAAGUGCAUGGGAUGUGGUGGGUGGGGAGUCGGCCUUGUGCAAAUGUGGGGUUAUUGCAAUCAUUGCACAAGAGUUCUCAAUCUUCCACAAGCCCAGUUCCUGACUUACAGAACUAAUGAGGACCCAAGUAAUGCUGCAUAUACCAAAGGAAGUCAUGGAAAAUUGGCUCCCAAGCAGAGGUCUAAUUGGAAACCACCAAUGGGAAAAGGGAAUGGAAGGGGCAAAAAGCGUGCUUUGUCCGAGGAUGAUGAAUUGGAUCCUAUGGACCCAAGCUCGUAUUCAGAUGCUCCCCGUGGAGGCUGGGUUGUAGGCCUGAAAGGAGUACAGCCACGAGCAGCUGAUACCACUGCCACGGGUCCUCUGUUUCAACAGCGUCCAUACCCAUCACCAGGAGCUGUCUUGCGAAAGAAUGCUGAAAUUGCUUCGCAAACCAAGAAAUCAAACUCUCAUUAUGCACCUAUAGCCAAGAGAGGGGAUGGGAGUGAUGGACUUGGUGAUGCCGACUAAAAUUCUGAUGCUAAUGGAAGAAAGUUACCCUCCGUCUCUGCUGCAUUUAGCCAAAUGGAGUUAUUAUUAUGUAUGAUCCCGGGUCUAUAGUUGAGAAUGCACUUUUGCCCGCAGCAGCAGACACUGUCAAUGUAUAGCGGAUUUUCUCCUGCAGCCUGUCCUCCCACUGCUGAGCUAACAUGUCAUUGUCCGGGUUCCAAACUGAAAACGAUUUUCUUCUUGGAGGCUUCCUGUAUUUUUCAUGAUACCAUGGCCGAUGCGUCCUAGAAUUUCAGCCUCAUCGCAUGCAACGGCAAGCUUGCACAAUCUGGUUGCACAAGGCAAUUAGCUCAUGCCAUGAAUUGUUACAAGCCCAAAAUAAGUAUUGAAUUUUUGAAAAUAUGAAUCGUGGUAGGUAAAAGAAAGACAAUGUUAGAGACCUUUAAAAUAUCACUCCUUAAAAGUCUUCUAAAUCUAUGUGGGAUUAAAAUAA